GCAGGCAGGCAAGAGAUAUUUCAAUAGAAUCGCUUUAGCUUAGCUUGAGAGACUCAGUAAAGUAGUUAAGCAAAAAUGGCAAAUCAAAAUCAAAAUGGGUAUGCAGACUUGGAGAAGCAGAUGCUGAUCCUGCACGACCAUGAAGAGAAGCACUUCAUGUCUAGUGAGAUUGUGCGUGACGUCAUUCUUGGCGUAUCGGACGGUCUCACCGUCCCUUUCGCCCUCGCCGCCGGGUUGUCCGGUGCGGAUGUCAGCUCCUCCAUCAUUCUCAUUGCUGGCAUUGCUGAAGUUGCCGCUGGUGCCAUCUCUAUGGGGCUCGGCGGCAAGAUGCAUGGUUUUUGCAGUUACCUUGCUGCUAAGAGUGAAGCUGAUCAUUACAUGAAAGAACUAAAGAGGGAACAAGAUGAAAUCAUCGCUGUCCCUGAUACAGAGGCUGCUGAGGUUGCGGAAAUAUUGUCACAAUACGGGGCUGAACCACAUGAGUAUGGGCCUGUGGUGAAUGCUCUAAGGAGGAAUCCUCAAGCCUGGCUUGAUUUCAUGAUGAAAUUUGAACUUGGACUGGAGAAACCAGACCCGAUGAGAGCCGUACAGAGUGCAAUGACAAUUGCGUUUUCAUACAUAAUUGGGGGGCUGGUGCCCCUCGUGCCAUACAUGCUCAUUCCAAUUGCAACAAGGGCUGUGGUUGCAUCUGUCAUCCUAACCAUCGUGGCUUUGAUGAUUUUUGGCUUUGCAAAGGGUCACUUCACGGGCACCCAACCCUUCAAGAGUGCCCUCCAAACUGCCUUCAUUGGGGCCAUUGCCUCUGCCGCUGCUUAUUCCAUUGCUAAACUUUUCCAAGCAUACCACCAUUAAUAUUAAUUAGUUUCAACUUUUUUCCUUUAAAAAAAAAAUUACAUGUCUUAUUAAUUAACUUCAUCUUUCUGCUCA